AUGCUGCUGCUGGAAGCUCUCCUGCCGCUGGCGCAGUUCAACCUCAAGGCUAAGGUGGACCCAGUGGUCACUUGUAGUGAUGCUUCAGAGAGCGGCGGUGGCAUGUGCUUCUCGUCACGUCUGAGCUGGGCAGGGCGUGCCGAAGCAGAGUGGCUGGUCAAGGAAGGUCCAGACAAGGACCCCCAGCGGCCAGAUGCCGAGGUCGUAUCGGAAGAGAAAAUUCUGGUCAUCGAUCUCUUUGCAGGUUUGGGGGGCCUUGAAGUGGCCCUGGAAAAGGCGGGUGUAAGAGUGCAUCACUCGCUUAUGGUCGAGAAGGAUGUGGACUGCAGGCACCUGUUGAGGAGGAGCCACCUUGAGGAUGAGCGCAGUGCCUUGUUCUACGAGGCUGUGCGUGUGAUGGAGAUGGUGGAGAACAUGGCCACGGAGAGGCGCCUGUGGGUCGUAAAGUUCCUGGAGAACGUGGUCCCUGAUGAGAGUGACAGUGACAUUGAUGAGAUGUCGGCGGCCCUGAAGAUCCACCCAAUCCUGGUUGAAUCAGGAAAGCUCAGCAGGGUGCGACGACCGGCCCUUCAUACGAUGUGCUGCGGCUGGAGGAGUUCCGAGCCGGUGGGGAGCUUUUUAAAGCAAGGAAUUACCUGGCUAGCCGGGGAGGCUGAUGGAAACCUGAAGUUUCCAACCUUCACCAGGUCAAUUCCGCGACGUCGGCCUCCUCCUUGCCCAGCAGGGUUGGACAGCACAGACAUCGUGACGCGUGACAGAUGGAAGGAUGACCAGUUCCGGUACCCGCCAUAUGUAUAUGCUGAGAAGUUUCUUGUCAAGGGCACUGAUGAUGUGCUGAGAACGCUGGCAGCGGCGGAAAGGGAGGUUCUGAUGGGGUACCCCCGGGGGUGCACAUCCGCACUUCCAGAAGGCGAAGAAGAAACUCGAAAUGCCAAGGACCUCCGAUGUGCAGCCAUUGGAAACUCGUUUCACACCAACACCGUGGCGGCCAUUUUUGACAAGGCCUUCGCUACCAUGGGGCUGAAAAAGGAAAAGGGUGUUCAAAGAAUUGUUGAUCAAUUUGUGAGCAGCUUGGAGGACCCUCCGGAACCAAGCCUGGCGGAUGAUGCCCCGGUCUCGGAAGGGGAAGACAUGAUCCUCGAAAGAGAGGAUGAUGAGGAAAGUUUGAUUGGAGAGCGUGGCACUUAUGGUACUGGCCUGGGUCAGGUGGCGCGCUUGGUCCCUGGUGACGCCGGUGACGCCACGGUCUUUGACGUGGCAGGCCUCUGCUGCAAGAUCGUGGGCCUAACGGAGAUGGUGGGAGACUGGAGAUGGGAACCACUUAGCUGUGCCUCAAAUCCGCUGGAUGUGGGUGGCCAUGGAAAACUUCGGUUCGGUGAAGCCAACAAGUUUGGUGAUUUGCAGAAUCGACGCGUUGAAGCUGUGUUUCCAAAGUGA